AUGUUAAUGAGACCCUCUCUAAAUAAAAAAUUGCUUCAGAAUAAAGUUGUCAGUUUGGAUUUAAUAAAAACGGCUUUGUAUAACCAACAAGUACCUGCGGUUCAAAAUGCUCCAGAAGAUUAUGAAAAACAGCUAAAAGUGUUUCAAACAUUAACAAACGUAACUAAAAGAACUCGCAUUAAAAAACCACACAAACCGCCGUUUGUUAAAAAUUUUCUUUUGGGUAAAUUUGAUACUGAUAUUCUAACUUAUCCUGAAUUAAAUAAAGAAGACACAAAAAACUUGGAAGAAAAUGUAAAGUUAGUAAAAAAAUUAAUGAAACAAAGUCAUAUAUCUCAGUCUAUGUCAAUCUCAAAACAAUUCAGGCAAAAUCUUUCAGACUUUAGAGUUAUAGGACUCCAAGCUCCUCAGCUAAUGGAUGGUCUAGAAUGCAAUGUAACUGAAAGUAGCAUGUUUAUAGAGGCAUUAUCAGAAAGCAAUUUGAGAAACGGUAUUGUUAAUAAUGAGCAGUUAGGAGUUCAAAUUUUAAAUACAUUCGCAAAUGAACAGUUAAAAAUUAAAUACCUUACUCAGCUAAUGAGUGGUGAAAUAUUGUCUGCAACAUGUCUCACUGAGUCUACUGCCACAGACUUAAAUUCUUUUAAAACCAAAGCAGUGUUGUCUUCAGAUGAAAAAAGUUGGAUUCUAAAUGGGACAAAAAAUUUUGUAGUCAAUGGAAAAUCUGCAGAUAUUUUUGUUGUUUUUGCUGUAACCAAAGUUAUUUCAAGAGAUAUUAUAAAGGAUACUAAAUUAACAGCUUUUUUGGUUGAUAAAGAUUCUCCUGGCAUAACAGUUAAAGAUGUUAAUAGUCAAGGAAUAGAAGUUGUUGAUGUAACGUUUAAUGAUACUCUUGUUUCAUCAGAAAAUAUAAUAGGAGAAGUACAUAAUGGUCAUACAUUGUUAAGAUCUGUGACAUCAGAACAUAGACUUAGUGUAGCACCUAUGUGUAUAACAGUAACCAAAAAUAUUUUAAAUAAUCUGGUAACAGAAAUUAGGAAUAAUUCUGAUGAAAAUAAUUUAUUACACGAGAUAGAUGAUGUUAGGGAAAAUAUUGGUGAGAUGGCUGCAUCUCUUUAUGGUAUGGAAAGUGCUACCUAUUUAACAACUGGAUUGGUAGACAAUUAUACUGAGCAAGAUAUAGAAGUAGAAUCAAUAAUUUCCAAAGUAUUUGCCUCGGAACAAACCAUGAAUUGUGCUACAAAAUCAUUAAGCAUGAUAGGCUUAAAUGGACUAUUAGAUUCGCAUUGGUUAAAUCCCCUGUAUCAAGAAGCAAUAAGAUUUAAAACAUUAAAUGAACCUGAUAAUGGUCUGAAAAUUAUUUUAUCAUUACUAUGUCUUCAACAUGCAGGUAAAGAACUUAAUGACCUUGUUAAUAAAAUAAGAAAUCCAUUAUUCCAUGGAGCUUUUAAUUUAAGAAGAAUAUGGACAAACCGAAGGAAUAACGAGGACAAUCCAAAAUUAGAUUUAGAAUUGGGGGACCAUCUACAUCCUUCUUUACACAACUCUUCUAAACAAUUAGAGUAUUGCAUUAAGAGGUUAGAAUUUGCAGCGGAAAUAUUGCUUGCAAGAUAUGGUCCAGAAGUUUUAAAUUAUCACAUGGACUUGAAAAGAUUAGGAGAUGCCAUUAUAGAUACUUAUGUUAUGACAGCUUGCAUAGCGCGGUCUUCAAGAUCUUACUGCAUUGGCCUUCCAAAUGCUGCUAUGGAACUGACUUUAGCUAUGACAUUUUGUAAUACUGCAGUGGAAAGGGUUAAAAACAAUAUAAAUAAGCUUUAUUUAGGGUAUUAUCAUACAAACGAUCAAAGUUACAGGACGAUUUCAAAGAAAGUGUUUAAAUAUAAGGAAUAUUUUCCAAGUCAUCCACUAGCUAGAAACUUUUAA